UCUCGUGCGCACCCUCUUCUCACUCUGCCCCUGGAGCUGUUCAAAUCUCCGAGAGGGAAAGGAGGCCGUCCCAGUGUGCCGCUGUCUCUGCACGCCGCCAGCAGCUCUGAUCCUUGUCUGCUGCUCCGCUUUAAGUCCUGGAAAAAUAUCCUGCGGAGCCACGUAAACUCACUUUAUUUUGUUAUAUAACGAAAGCGAGAGACCAAACUGCAGCAAAGAGCCAGAGCUGGUCCGAGAGAUGUCCUGCAUGCAGAACAUGAGCACCUCACCCCCCCACAGAGUCCUGUAACCAAUGGCAACCUCAGUCCAGACUCUUCCUCUGACCCGUGGUCCCAGUAAAAACUUCCGUAACCCCUUCCCAGCCUCGUCCCUCUCGUCCCGCUGCGGCAUGGGAAGUGUAGGUAGUCUGGUGGAGCGGCCAGAUGUUUCUCCGACGAAAGGCAGCCGUGCAGUUCCCCAGGUGAGACCCAAACAGACCAACGGCCUCCUGAAGAAAGGUUUCACCCAGAGAGAGCUACUCAACUACCUCAACAUCACCAGGAAAGAGCCUAAAGCAAGCCAAAGCAGCGACGGUAAGAAGGACAUCAUCUCUGGUCUCAGCUCCACCAGUGGCCGGGAGGACGAGAACUUAUACGCCAAAGUGUACAAUAAAGACGGCACUGAAGUGGAUUUGACUAAAAAUUCACUGCCAGGUUCUGGCAAGUAUGAAAAGGCUCGGUUUAGGUCCUCUGCCUUCAAGCCUGUCACCCCCAAAAAUUUCAGCUCCAUGCAAAACCUCUAUCCGUCUUCCAAGUCAGAGGAUGUGGACCAUGGCCUCUCCAACGGCCUGCAGAGAGGCUACGCCCAUGUCACUAAAGCUGUGUCCACGUCCUCUUCCUCAUCCUCACCUUCCCGUCAUGCAGGACCGACAUCCAGUGGUAACAAGGCUGUGUCCUCUGUGCGUGGGAUAAGCCAGGAGGAUGAUAACCUGUCAGACUCGGGCCAUAACUCCAUGAACAGCCUGCCGCCGUACAGGCCUCCAUUCCGCCCACACCUGACCCACAUCAGUGCAUCUAUGGGCCACAUCAACACCAUCGGCUCCCUGGAUCGAACCUGUCUAAGCCCGAAAGGCGUUGGGUCAGGGGGCAUGGCCAUUGGAGAGAUGGCCUGUCGGAGCAUGGCAACUCUGAGUCGUCUGGCUCCAUAUGGAGGAGAGGCUCCACCCCCUUAUGAAUGGACACUCUCCAUGUCCGUGGAGGAAGUGGUGCGUGAUCUUGAAGAGCGCCUGGUGGAGAAAGAGCACGAGCUGAAGCAGAUGAAAAGAAACCUGGAUGAGAGUGAAGGAGCCAUCGCUCAGGUGGAUCCCAUUUUAUUGGUAUUUGAAGGCAAACAGCGUCUGUGGGAGAAGGAGGUAGAGGAGCUAAAACGCCUAUAUGCUGCCAAGCUGCGUCAGGUUUCCCAGCAUGCACAGCGUUCCCAACGCAACCUGCAGUUGCAGUUGUUCAAGGCCCAGCAGGAAAAGACCCGACUGCAAGAGGAGCUCGAGAGCCUGACGAGGGAAAGGAGCCAAGAGGUUGGAGCUACGGUAAAGCCAACCAGUCCCACUCUGGAGGAGACGCAGUGGGAGGUUUGCCAGAAGUCAGGAGAGAUCUCCCUGUUGAAGCAGCAGCUGAGGGACUCCCAGGCGGAGGUGACCCAGAAACUGAGUGAGCUUUUUCAGCUGAAGACACAGCUCAGGGAGACUCGCACAGAGCUGCGCAACAGGGAGGGCCAGGUAGAUGCACUGAAGCUGGUCCUGCAGGGGACACAGCGGCGCAGACUCCCCUCUCAGACUGCACAUGACAAUGAAAAAGGAUCUGAUGAGAGUCAUCCAGCAGGGGCGACAGGAGGAUGCGGGGGCCCUACAGAGGAGCGUCUGCGCGCUGAGCUCCUGCUGGAGCGACGCCAAAGCGAGGCCCAGGCCAUGGCUUUUGAGGAAGAGAGGAAGACAUGGCAGAUAGAGAAGGAUAAGGUCAUCCGCUACCAGAAGGAGCUGCAGGCCAGCUACUUAGACAUGUACUACCGCAACGAAGAGCUGGAGAAAGAUCUGCAACAGCUGAGUGUAGGCAGAGAGCGGGGAGGAGCAGGAGGGAGCAGAAAUGGGACACUGGAAAAAGAAGUACCGGACCUGAGGAUUGAGAGGGAAGAUGAAAAACAAGAGGAGAGACCUGCCUCUGGUUUGCCCUGGAUAGAGAGAAUUGAAUCAUCGGAAAUUUGAAUGUGACUGAUUUGCAAUGCAAACUGUUUUCUCCCUGUAGUAUGGAUUCUACGGAAGCUCAUUUGUGCCAGGAAAAAAAAGGGUAACUAUUUCACAGUUAAGACCCAUGCGAAAGAAAGUAGUUUGAAAUAAGUACAAAAAGUAUAAAAGAAAACUCACCAAGACAACAAUGUGGAAACAAGAUUACACUAGGUAAAAAUCUAUAUUAAAAAGAUGAAUAGAAGUUGUUAAUUUUACAAGAAUAAGUUAAAUUUAGAAUUUACAAAAAAAGGUUUAUGAAAGUAUGAUUUACUAAAUCAAACAUGCAGAGCAACAUGAAACUACUGUAAGUCAAACUGUUCACUCAAAGUCAAAACUAGAACUCAUCCAAUCAAGAGAUAUUUAAACUGUUGAAUUAAAUGUUUGAUUUUAAGCUAAUUUUUUUUUUUUUUACUUGAGGACUAUUCUUAUUUUUUAAUCAUAUAACAUAUUUUUUUCAAAACCCUUGUUAAAAUGGGUUUAAUAGGUUCCUCUCCUUUUGCAGUUCUCUACCCUUGCACCCCUGUUGAUUGUGUGAAGCCCUUAUCCUGCAAAGAGCGGACCAAUAACCUUCUGCAGUGUGCUCUUGUUACUGAGGGAAGCUGCACAGAAAUACUGUUUCUGCCUCAUUUCUCCUUAGCAGAAGAGAAGUGGCCCCUGGACUGACUUCUAUCUGUAAUAAACCUGUAAAUGUUUGAUUGAUAUGCUAACAAUUUGUGUGCUCAUUUUGAGUUACUUCUUGGUUUGGACUGCUGUACGGUCUUGACAGUAACCAAAGGCUUCAAAGGGAUGUAUUACAUCUUAGCACCUGUUCAGUCUAUGCAGGAGGUUUUGUUGAUUAAGGAUCCACCUGGACUCAUGGAGGAAGGCUGCAUCUCUGGGUAUUGUGGAUUAGAGCUUUCUGGUGCCAAGGUGCAAAUACUAUUUGUUUGUCAUUAAGACAACUCUGCACCCUACUAAAGUAACUUUAUUUUUCAUUUGGUUUUCUGCCUGUGUCAGGUCAGAUCUCUAUAGUAUGUACAAAGUGUCUUUUUGAUUUUAUUGGCCUUUUUCCAUAAACUCUAAGCACACUGUUGUCUUAUUUAAGUGGGUAUAUUUUUGCAUCUUUCCAUUGCAAUGGAAGCGAUCAAUAGGUGAUGAACAUGACUGCUCUUCCUAUUGGUGCAAUUUCUUGCACGCGUCCAGCCAAUAACAUCCAGUGCAUGACCUAGAUGAAGAUGUUCUCCGCUGUUGUUUAUUGUUAACAUAUGAACGUUUAAAAGCCAGCUCCCAAUCGACCUUUUGACAUACUGUGACUCUUGUCUAUUUACUGAAAGUUGAAGUGUACAGUAUAUGCAUAUAUGUUUGGUUUGUUUUCAAAAUAAACAUUUAUAAAGUGGUGUAAAUAUGUAA